AUAAUUAUUCAUUCCUGCCAUUACACGUCACGACACCACGCUUAACAAAAUUAUUAUAAUUUUGUUAUUGUUCCUAUUUGUGCGUUCCUUUAUAUAUUUUCAAUAAGUUGAUAAAAAGAGAUAUUUCUUCCUACUAAAAUAUAAAAAUUCUUUAAUUUCCCCUUAACCUGAGCAAGUGUCAGAGUUUGGCAACUGAUUUCUAACAAAAACAAUGCGCAUCCGUACGUUCAGUGAUGAGGAAAAAAUUAUUACUAUUAUUAGAACAAGGAAUAUAUCUAUAAAAAAAAAUACUUUUCCUAAAAAAUAUCUUUUCCAAACAUUAUUACAAAAUAUAUAUUAAUCUAAAUUGAGUGUGGCAAGGACUAGUUAUACUGCGGCUCGCUCAUAUGGCACAAAAAGAAAACAGUGUUAUUGAAUUGAAACUUAGUGGAAAGAAAAAUUUAUUUAUUAAAAAAAUGCUUCGCACACUUAUUAUUGAUCUUAACAAAUUGCGUCUAAGUCCAGUCGUGGUUACACAAGUACGGGAGAAAGGACAUUUAAACCGACCUCGUUUGAGAAAUCCCUACUGGUUUGUACGCAAAGAAAGAUUGGCUCGCGAUACAACGGUGACAACAGAAAACAAAGCUUUCGUCAAAGAAGUAAUAAAAGACAAAUAUGGUCCUCCGGCAAUUAUUAAAGGUAUAUCUUCAUACGACCAAUCGGCUUUAAUAAAAGCAGAACAAUUCGAGCGACAGCCUUGGCAUGAAAAAGCACGUCGUUGUGGCCUUAUUGCACGUAAAAUUGGGCAGUAUCCACUUUGGUUGAAAAAUGGAGAACGUAUACGUACCACAUUGUUACAGAUUGUUGACAAUCAUGUAAUCCGCUAUAUACCUCCUCAUGAAUACAAGCCCGCGCAAAAGCCUAAUGUUGCCAAUCUAAAUAAAUAUGGUUGCUUGCUGGUGGGUGCCGAGUCAGUAGAUCCCUCCACAUUAACGAAAGAGUAUUGCGGGCUAUUUCGUGAUUCUGGCGUUAUGCCUAAACGUAACCUAGCGAGAUUCAUUAUUUCUCCAGAAGCAGCAAUACCAGCUGGCACACCAUUAAAUGUUGCUCACUUUAGAGCGGGUGAUUUUGUUGAUGUACGAGGCAAAACUGUCGAUCAUGGCUUCCAAGGAGUAGUAAAACGUCAUGGAUUUAAAGGUAUGCCUGCAUCUCAUGGUGUAACAAAAACACAUCGUCGACCUGGUAAUAUAGGUGGUGGUGGUGAGAAAGGUCGUGUAUGGCCAGGCACAAAAAUGCCUGGUCAUAUGGGUAACCGCUGGCGUAUAGCGAAAGGAUUACGUAUCUGGCGCAUCAACACCAAAUACAAUGUGAUGUGGGUACAAGGCAGCGCUAUUCCAGGAUCUACCAAUGGACUUGUAUAUAUUUAUGAUACAAUUUUACCACUGCGAAAACAUAAAACAGCACCACCUUUCCCCACUACUUUUGAAGAAGAACUAGAAGCGAUAACUGGACCUUCAGAUGAUAUAUGGUAUGAAGACGUACAUAGUUUCAAAGAUGAUACUAUAACUUUCCAACCAGAAACAAAUUGAAAUUAAAUCUUGUUAUAGAAAUUGUUGUAAUUUUAUUAAAAAAUGUACCAAUGCUAAUAUAUACAUAUGUAAAUAUACAAUUUUUUUCUAAAUGGAAA